AUGCUGCCAAUAGAGACAGUAAAACACAAGUUUAAAUGCUUUAACAAGAAGCGCACAAUCGUUGAUGAAGAGAAGGGUGAUAUUCAGGAAAAAUCUUUAGAGAAGCUUGAGGGAAUAAGAAAAAGAAGAGGGUUCCUUUCAUCCUGUUUUUGUGCCUUCAUUUUUACAUACUAUACUAUUUCUACUUUACAAUUAACACAAUACUUCACAUAUAUAGGCUCCAAUGAAAUAUCGAGAGAUAAAAAUUAUAUUUCAGCUCUUGAGGAACGUUUUCUAAAUGCAUUGCAACUCAAUUUAGCUUCCAACUGGUCUCAAGUAUAUACUGCCGUGCCUCAUUUAGCGGGUAAGGGCAUAGAACUAGUUGAAUUUACAGCAGAAAAAUUUAAGGAAUACAAAUUAGAAACCCAUAUUGAAGCUUUUGAUGUUUAUUUAAAUUAUCCAGUGGAUGCUAAAUUAACCUUACUUGAUCAGUUUGAUAACAUCGAAUUUGAAGCAUCUUUGCAGGAAGAUGUAUUAAAAGAGGAUCCUACUACUGGUGGGAAUGAUACAGUACCUAUUUUCCAUGGCUAUAGUGCAUCUGGAAAUGUAAGUGCUGAGUAUGUGUAUGUAAAUUAUGGGAGAAAAUCUGAUUUCGAAUUACUAAAGUCAAAAAAAGUUAAUCUGGAAGGUAAGAUCGCUAUAGCUAGAUAUGGUGAAAUAUUUAGGGGCUUGAAAGUGAAGUUUGCUGAACAAGCUGGAUGUACAGGUGUUCUUCUUUAUUCAGACCCUGCAGAUGAUAGAUAUUCUGAAGAUGAUGGCUAUUUAGUUUAUCCAGAUGGACCUGUAAGAAAUCCAUCCUCAGUUCAAAGAGGGUCUGUUGAAUUUUUAUCUGAUAUGCCUGGUGAUCCAACAACUCCUGGCUAUCCUUCUCAAGGAAAUGUUGAAAGAAAAGAGCCUACUACAAUCCCAAAAAUUCCAAGUCUUCCAGUGUCAUUAAAUGAUAUUGAGCCUAUUUUAAAACGACUAAAUGGUUAUGGUAUAGAUUUAACUCAAGAUGAAGAUUUUUCUGGUUGGGUUGGUGGGUCAAAGCAAUUCCAAUAUUUUACUGGUCCAACAGAAGAUUAUAAGGUAAAUAUAUAUAACGAACAAUCUUAUGAUAUUCGAGAAAUACAUAAUGUUUAUGGGAAAAUACCGGGUAAGAGUAAAGAUUUCAUUUUAAUCGGUAAUCAUAGAGAUGCAUGGAUUAAAGGUGGUGCCUCUGAUCCUAAUAGUGGAUCAUCUACGAUGUUAGAAAUAAUUAGAGGAUUACAUGAAUUAUCAAAAACUGGUUGGAAACCAGAAAAGACUUUAAUAUUUGCCUCUUGGGAUGGCGAAGAAUAUGGUUUAUUAGGGUCUACUGAGUUUGGUGAAAAAUAUGACAAAUUAUUGAAAAAAAAUUGCAUUGCGUAUUUAAACUUAGAUGUUUCUGUGGGAGGAUCUCAACUAGGGUUAAGCGCCUCUCCAAUACUGAAUAGACUUUUAAUUAAUUCUCUUUCCAAGGUGCAUUAUCCCGGAGAUAACACAGACAAUACUUCGUUAUUCGAUCAUUUCUUCAAAGAUACGGAGAGUAGUAUUGGAAUCUUAGGAAGUGGAUCAGAUUAUACUGUAUUUUUAGAACAUCUGGGAAUUCCAUCUGCAGAUAUUGGAUUUGUAGAGGGCAAGAACGAUGGCGUCUAUAAUUAUCAUUCAAACUAUGACUCGUAUUACUGGAUGAGCACUAUUCUUGAUCCAGGAUUUAAGUACCAUCAAGCAAUUGCUAAAUACUUGGGCCUAACCAUAUUGAAUAUUUCAGAAAAAAACGUAUUAAAUUUUGAAUUAAACACAUAUGCAAAGGAAUUGAAUAAAUAUUUUACAGAUUUAAUGAAAAGAGUACCAAAAGAUUGGCUUUCAAAAGAAAUGGUAUGCACAUAUGCAACAGAGCACAAAUUUCCAUUAAGAACAAUAAAAUCUUACAUCGAGGAGCUAGAAAAUGAUUUGAAUAGACUAGAUUACAGAUCCAAGAAAUUUGACAAGUAUUGCGAUAGUUUGGAAAAGAGCUGGGAAAAUUCAAAUGAUUUACCCUUUUACAAGAGGAUUAUUUUGAAAUUGAAGAUUAGAAGAGUUAAUUUCCCAUUAAAGAUGUUUGAGAGAAACUUUUUAACAGAAGAUGGAUUAAAAGGAAGACCUUGGUAUAAACAUUUAGUAUUUGCUGCAGGAAGAGAUACUGGCUAUGAAGGAUUUGCUCUUCCUGGCAUUAAAGAAUCUCUUGAUGAUCUAGACUCAACUGAUUUCAUAUACUGGCUGAGAAAAUUGCAUCAUGCUAUUAGGAGAAUUAAUGUAUCAUUAGAAUUAUAA